GGAGUCAUAAUGUGACUUCUGUUAAUGACGCGUCUUAUCACGAUGCUGAUCAAAAAAACCCAUUAACGCAUUCAAAGAGUUAUCGUCCUCGUCCUCCUGAUUCUUAUCCCUCAGGUUCUCGUCCUGGUCCUGAAAAUACCUCUUUAGGUGCUCAAACUCGUCGUCAAAAAUCUCUUGUAAAACCUGAACGUGCGCGUAAUCGUCGUGUCAUAAAUGAUCAAAGAAUUGAUCAAAAUAAUAAUAUUGAAAAUUUAAAUAAUAGAUGGAGUACUUUUGAUAAUAAUCGUAGAGAUAAUGAUGAUCGAAAAAAUCAAGGUCGUCCUUCGGGUGAGCGGAGGUCAUCUCCAAUAGUUCAAAAAAAGAAAAAAUGUCAAUGUCCUUCUGCCUGGCGGAUUCGUUCUGGUGCAAUCACUAAUAGUCAAAUUUCUAUACUUGGGAGAGUUUUUAACAUUAGAGGGUUUACUCAUCCUCCAAUUCCUGGCAUAAUAAAUGCUACUACUUUUGAAAGAACUGCUGGUGGUAAUGAUCUAUCGUUCCUGUUUCAGGGUGCUAACAUUCAUUGCAAAGGCCUAUUUGUUCCCGUUCAACCUGCUGAUAGCAAUGGAAAUGUUAUUAAUUAUUUCCCUUGCGUAGCACUCAGUAAUAAUGAUCCUUUAGCUCCAAAUACUUCUUUAAAUCCUACUCAAUCUGGUUGUCAUGGUUCUACUAACGCGAGACGUGCUAUAUUAACUUUAAAACCUGUUGGUGACAUCUUUUAUGAUUGGGAGGAUGUGCAGUCUUCGAAACAUAAUUAUGUUGUUUUUAAUGGACAAGUUUUUGAUUUGGAUCGUCUUCAAUGGACUGUACCAAAUAUCAAAUUACCUGACAUUCUUAAACCAAUGAUGAAUGCCAAUACAAACACUUUUCGUGGUCGGGAUAUGACACACUUUUUACAAAAGAGUUAUACAAAUAUACAAUUGGCAAAGUGUAUGGAGGAGACCUUGCGUGUUGGCGUCGUUGAUACCAUAUCUAUUGGUUGUGUUAUUUCCAAUGCCGUAAUGCUUGUAUCUUUACUUUUUAUAGCUGGAAGUUUUCGUGAAGAAACUGCUGAAGAAAUUGCAAAAAGAGAACGGGAAAUUGAGUUAUGGUCAAAUGAAAAUAAUCACUUUUAUCCUUCUACAAGCAACUCAAGAAAUAAUUCAACAACAUCGUUUGGUAUUUUCUCAAAAUCUCGAUUUUCUACACCUAAUAAUGUAAAUGGUAAUGCUUUAGCAUACAGAAGAACUGAUAGUCGUCCAAGUAGUAGAAACACUUUUAGUGCCGCAAAUGGUAUGGCAAAAGAACAUAAUAGUUCAAAAAAUAGCAGGCCAUCAUCAAUUAAUGAAUAUCCUCAAAGUCGUGCGGAUUCAAUGACAUCUACAUCAUCUGCUGCUCAAUCAUCACCUUACCAAACUAAUAAUGUUGCCAUUCCCGAUCAACAUUCAUUGGCCAGGACAGAAUAUCCAAAAUCGCAUAAAUUACUUCUUUGUAUAGCUGAUGGUACCAUUUUUGGUGCUGGUAAUGAUCUUUCGACACCGGACAUUUGUGUUUCACUGAUGAGUGAUCAUAUUAUUCAUCCUAAUGAAGUUGAGCCUCAUUCUUAUGUUGCAAUAGCUGAUGGUAAAAAACGUCACAAUAGGGCAAAAGUUUAUGCUGGUUUUUAUCAUUAUCGAGAAUUGGAUGGGAGACAAGAUCGUGUUCCUAUGAUCACUGUAGCUAAAUGUGGUGGUCCUGGGGAGGAAAAUGAGGCAAAAGCUGGAAAUCGUGUUUUCGAAUAUUACAUUAAUCACCAUCUACAAAAGGCGUUCGAAUCCAUUUUUGGUGGUGUCACUUGUUUACCCGAGAAUGGUUAUUGGGUUCCUAUUCUUGCAAAUCCGGACAUUGUUGAGCAAUAUUCUGAAAAUAUUGUAGAUACUCUACAUAAGAAAAACUUACUUCUUCUUGGAGAGGAUCGAUAUCUAACAACCCUUAUGCUUAAAAACUUUCCUAAACGAAAAACAUUAUUUGUUCCCCAAUCAGUUUGUAAAACUGUAGUACCUGAUACAUUCCGUGUACUUCGUUCUCAACGUCGUCGAUGGAUUAAUUCCACAGUACAUAACCUUUUGGAACUUGUGCUUAUCCCUGAUUUAUGUGGAACUUUUUGCUUUUCCAUGCAAUUUGUUAUAUUUAUGGAGUUGGUUGGCACUGUUGUACUUCCAGCUGCUAUCUCUUUCACAAUGUAUUUAAUAGUAAUAUCGUUCUUCCAAAAUCCUCCACCUAUAGUUCCUUUGUUUCUUUUGGCAGCUGUAUUAGGGGAAGAUGGUCGAGCAGAUCAUUCAAGAAGGGAAGGAGAGUUUGAUAGUUCACAUAUUGUAAUGAAACGAUGGGCUGAAUGGGAACUAUAUAAACUUCGUCACAAUUCACAUCAACGAAUACAGUCAGUGCAAUUGUCUCCUGACGAAAAUUUCAAUAUACCGUCAACACGCCCAUCAUCAGCAUCAACAAUGUAUGGUAGCGAAAAAUCAGAAUCCAUACCUGUAGCACCACUUAGUGCAAGAAGUGGUAUUCGAAGGAAAACAGAUUCACUAAUGGUUCCACCCCCAUUAAGUGAUGCUUCACCGGUUAAUACUCCCCUAAAUGAGGGCUUCGUAUCAUCCCCUGGUGAUUAUUCACAAAUGUCACAACCCACUUAUACGUCACCAUCAAGAUCAAACACAAAUAGUACAAACUAUAGUCAUAAUAGCAAUAUGCAUGCUGGUAUUAUUGGAGGUGCCUCAUAUUCAAAUGGAUAUGAAGAAAAUAACCAUUCAACGUAG